AUGAAUUCUAAACAGUUAGAUUAUUAGUUUUACUCUAAUAACGAGAACUAAAUAAAAAUAUACAAAAAAAAAUUAUUAUUAGUAGUAAUAUUUGUAUCUAUAAUUUUAAUUUUUAUAAUGUUAGAACGUUUAUUUUACGGAUUAAUUUUAUAAAAAGAAAACUCUAUGAUAAGUUUAGUCUAAGAUAAAUUGAAUUUAUAAUAAAUAAUCAAUAAAGAUAAUAAUUACAUUAGAAAAUUUAAUUCCAAUUUUAUAUUUGAUUCUUUUUGUCAUUUAAAUACAUUUAAAUAUAGUUUCUUAUUAUUUACUGUUUAUAUAGCUAUUUUUUUCAUAUGUAUAGAUCCAGAAAUAGCCAUAAAGGUGGGAUAUUUAACAUUAUAUAUGUAUUAUUGUAUAAUUUGUUUAUAAUUAAUUUACGAAGGACCUCGUCCAUUUUGGAAUUCUAAUAAUAAUAAAGAAAAUAUAAAUAAAGAAUAAAAAAAUAUAUUUGUAAAUACAAUUACAACUCCUGUUUGUCUAAGAAGCUUUGGACAUCCCUCAAAGUAUAUAUUUAUAUCUAUGUUUAUAGGAUUUUAUAGCAUUUAUUGUUAUGAAUAGAAAAAAAGAGAAGAGAAUAAGGAUUAUUCUUUAAAAAAAUUAAAACUUUUACUAGGUUGUGUAUUUUUAAUACUUGUUUUUUAAAAUUUCUAACUGGUUAAAACUACUUAAUAAACAUGGGCUUAGGAAUCAUUUAUUUUUUAGUUUUAUACUCUCUAGUAGUUUUUUAGGAUAAAAAUAUAAAUAAUAUAAUCAUUAAAUCAUCUUUUUAAUAAAGGUCUGCCAAAAAAUAUAUUUUCUAUUGGUUUUUAAUGGUAAUUAUAUCAAUUAUUUUUGCAACUAUGA